UAAGAUGGGGAUGAGCUAUCUUCCCUACUGUGGCUUUAAGCUGAUAUUAAUUACCUAACAAUUUGUGCUCAGGCAGUGCUUAAUAUGUAAUGAAAGAGGUGCAAGGGCUCAAGCAAUUUUUUUACUUUCAUAAGUGAGGCAGCAAGCUCAGAGGGGGGCUAUGACCGGCCAAGCCUAGAGGUGCGAGGCUCAGCGCCGGCACAAAUUAAGUACUGUGCCCAGGUCACUUCAGAGAACCAGUACCUUUGGCGCGAUGGCGAUGACGCUGAGCACAAGUUCCCUCACUGCAAUGAACCAAAAACGGGGUUAAUCACUUUAACCCUUCCCCUGCACAUUCUCCCCUGUUUGUAUCUCCCUUGAAACCUUAACUCCCAAGGGUCCCUUCCCCCUGCCGAGCGUUCUGGGAAACGUACUAGUUAAGGGAACACUUAGGCGUCCCAUUAGGUACUGGGAAUGAAUUCAAGGGUGGAGGGUCGACCUUCCCCCAGCGCCGCUGGUGGUGGCUGUGGUCGAGCGCGUUCUCCCUUCCUGGCGUUCCGCGCUCGCCUCCGCCUUUGACAGUCACGUCUGCAGCGCGAAGGCUCCCUGGUGUCUCUGGGCUAGCACGGAAGGCUGCUGACGCUGAGGCGGGAGGGGUAUCAUGCCCCUUGCCCUUGAAGCCUCGGGCAAUGCCGUCUCCGGAGCAAGGCCAGCCCUGGCUUGGUCGCAGGUGCGGUGCAGAGGCGCUGCCCCGCGAGCCGCAGCGGGGCCGCCUUCUGGAACGUGGGCGGCGGCGUCACAAAGGCGCCCACGCCAGAGCGGCCCCGGCGCAGCAGGGGCCGGGCGGGGAGAGUCGUGGGGGAGCUGCAGCCGCCAUGGUCUCCGUCGGGACCAACACGAACCUCAAAGGGUUUGUUCACUGCCAUUUGCCAAAGCUUUCACACAAACAUGGGAUGAUUCCAGUACAUUAUGUGAUGCCCUGGAAAGAAGACAUGAAGAACAGGAAAUUCACUUUAAAGCAUGCAGAUGUUGUUGGAAUAUAUACUGGUGCCACAGAAGAUAGUCUGUUUCUGGAGCACAGGGAAAGACUUUGCCAUGGAGAAGAAAGAAAACACAUACGGGAGAAAAUUCCUCAGGAAAUGCUGAUUGCAGAUAUUCCCAUACAUUCUCAUCUCUCCAGAUACCAGAAGUCUGUGAUUGCUCAUGGAUGGAGGAUGAAACUCUGAUCUGCUUUUUCCCUCAAUACACUCAUGUUUGAGCUGUGUAGGCUACGAGGUUUAAAUCUGCUGCAAGAAAACACAGUGUGAUGCAUUUUUUUUCUUUAAAAUAGAAUUAACAUGUUUUUAAAGCUGAUUAGAUGUUCUAUUUGAAAUGAAAAAUAAUUUCUGUCUGCAAUUUGACCUGCAUAUUUUUGAUUAGGGAAGAGAGAAUCUCAAAAGUUUCAGACUUCCCAGUUUGAUUUAGAUAAGCAUCCAAAUGUCUCUAUGAUGCUUAUCUGAAGUUUAUACAAACCUUUGGACUCUACUCAGCUUUCCACCACCAUCUCCAAGAGACUGGUAUCAACCCCACUCCUUAUCCUCUAUUGUUUUCUUGGAGAGAGUCCCACUGGCUGCCUACCUGCCCUCCUACAUCUUCUGAGGGUGACUAGCUAGCUUCACUCUCCUGGCUCUUCAGGAGGAAGCUGGCUGUUCACUUCCCCCUUCCUUGUUUAGGUGAUAGUUGCAUUCCUCCCCCUACCUCAAAUGUGUGGGAAGAUACUUUCUAUUAGGCAGGUAGCAACAUCAGGAUCUGGAAAUUCUCCAACUCAUACUGUUGCAGCUGUUGCACUUGACUCAGCUCUAGGUCUGAAUUGUUCUGAAGUAAUCUAUAGUAAAAAGAAAUUCCCAUUAUUGGCUGAAGAAGGAAUUCCGGGUUUACAGAGCCACUGAGAUCAUGGGGAAGUAAAGGAGACAAAAUCUGGAGAAAUACUAAAGGGCCAUCAAUCAAAAUAGGUGCUGAAAGGCUAAACAAAUAUAAAUGGAAAUAAAUAAAAUAUAUAAAUGAGAACAGUUGAUUCCAGUCAUACAGGAGCUCUCUGUAUGGAAUCAAUUCCACUUGUCAAUCAAGAACAGAUGCCAUUAAAAUGAUUUAAUUGAAUUUUGCACUAUAAUGGCUCUUUAUUCACAAUUGCUUAUUCUGAAAAUGCCACAGGUUCAAACUCCAGAGGGUGAGCAAUGAGGAAAAACAGAAAAUGAAAAACCUUUUAAAUUUAAAAGCUGCUAAGUAUUUAUAGAUGUUCUGGGAUACAGAACACACUUUCCGCGUAACCGGUUUUGUUUAUAUUUCACAUCCUCUGAAAGGAAGACAAUUAAGAAAUUUUUGGCUUGUCAUUUUUAUAUGCUAAUAACAUUUUUUUAAAAAAUAAAUUGGCACAUAAUUUAAAAAUAUUGCUCUCUUCACAAAUGCACUUUAUUUCAAAUUGUGAUUAAAUGUAACACUAUAACACUUUCUCCUCUGGGUUGAAGAGGAUCCCUCCACCCCUGACUAGAUCAAAAGCAGAAAGGAGCUGUCUUCAAAGCCUAAGUACUUAUAAAUUAAACUAUAAAGUCACCAUGAGCAAAUGAGCAGUAGAGUUUCAAGAACAUUUUUAUACAUAGUUAAAAUGUGCUCAGUAUUUUGUGUCUAGAAAUAUUAAUCACAAAUUAGUGUUUUUC